UCCUAGUGGCACGAACCUCACCUCGCUGGAGCAGACCCGCGCCUACCUCUUGACAGACGGCACCUGCAAGUGCGGCCUGGAGUGUCCGCUCAACGUGCACAAGGUUUUCAACUUCAACCCGGUGGCCGUGGUGGUGCCGCGGGGGGGGCCGGGCCCGGGGCGACCAGGACAUGACCAAGCUGUGCAACCACCGCCGGAAAACUGUUGCCAUGGCCACCCUGUACCGCAGCAUGGAGAGCACCGCGCCCCUGGGCCUGCCACGCCUGGGCCCAGGGGCCGGGCUGAGCCAGACGUACCACUCGGGCAUCGCCAGCCGCCAGCAACCAGCGCCUUUCGGCAGAACGCCCGGCCCGGAGGCCGAGGGUCCCAGCAAGCCCAAGCCCGUGGAGAAGGCCCCAGCGGAUCCCUGCCCGGCCUGCCCCGGAGACCGGCCCAGCAGCACAUGGCCCAGCCAGGCCUCGUCCUUCCCACGUCACCACAGCGCCCUCUUCGGGGACGUCUUCCCGGGCAGGACGCCCUGUGCCAGCUCCUCCAACGGCGCCUACCCAGGGCGCCCGGCCUUCCCCCUGCCGAGCUUUGGGCUGGAGCCCCUGGACGCGGCCCCCCGGCCCUUCCCCCCACCGGACGAGAUGGGGCCACCUGCUGCCCCCAGCCCGCAGGGGAAGCCUCCGGUCCCCGCCACGCCGCCCCCCGAGGGGGCCCCCGCCUGGAGCAGCCGUGCCUGCCCGCUGCCCGCAGGCGCCUCCCUCAGCAGGCUGCCAGCCUCCACCACGCUCUCCUCCGUCUCGUUGCCAGGGGGCAGCACCGAGCUGUCCCCCCAGUGCUCCCGCCCCUCCUCCACCUCCUCGGAGCCCGGGGGGCCCCCACUGGGCCCCCGGCCCCCUGCAGGGGCCCCCCAACCCUGCAAGGACGAGGCGCUCCCCAGCAAUGCCUUAGCCAACCAAAGCAGCAAUAACCCACCAGUGCCCUUAGGCGCCGUGCCCGAGGGCAAGGGGCCGCCCGGCUUCCUGGGCCUGCCCCUGAGCCAACUGCUUCAGCAACCGGGCGCCCCCUCCUUCCCCGCCAGCAGCCUGCUGAGUGCGGCCGCCAAGGCCCAGCUGGCCAGCCAGCGGCGCGCCGACGAGCCCCCCUCUAGCACUUUACCCGGGCGCGUGCUGGGCUCCAACGUGCUGCUCUCUGUGGUGGGCGGGCGGGCGCUGCCCAAGCCCCGGCGCCAGCGCCGCGCGCCCACCGUGCUGCGCCUGCUGAAGGACUCGCAGCAGGGCCCGGCCGGCCCGGAGGAGGCCCCCGCCCACCGGGCCCGGCCCAGAGAGCAGCCGGCCCGGCCGCCCCCGGGGGGCGCCCCACCGCCCGGAGAGGCCAAGGGCAGCCCCCUGGCCCCCAGCCAGCCGCUGUCGUCCCUGUUGAGCCUGCUGGGUGCCCAGCCGCCCGGCCUGCCCCCACUGCCCCUGGGCGACAGCCCCCCCGGCCUCCUGCCCUCCUUCCAGGACUUCAACAGCCAACUCCUCAGCCUCUUCAACCAGCUAGCCUCCGCCUCCUCCGACCUGGCCUCAGGGAGCCCCCCCCAGCCGAAAGCGCCCGCCCCCAGCACCGCGGCAGGUGCCACCACCAAAGCAGCCUCGGGCUCCAGCCCCAGCAGCGGCGCCGGGGAGGGCAGCCCGGGGGGCCAGCGGGGCCUGCCACCCCCGGCCCCCGAGCCCUUCCCCUUCCUGGGCCAGGAGCAGGUGCUGCCCUUCCUCGGCUCCCUGCCCCCUGGCCUCCUCCAGGGCGGCUUCCUCGGCUCCUUGCCCUUCUCCCUGGCCCUGAGCCAGCCGCAGCUGCUGGGCUGCCCGGGGCAGGGGGAGGCGCCGCUGCCCGGCCUGGGCCUGCCGGGCGAGCCCGAGGGGCAGGUGCUGCAGACCCUGCUCAUGGCCUCACUGCUACAGAGCCAGCCUCAGUCGCCCCUGCUGCCCCUGGGGGGCCUCGGCCUGCCCGGCCUGGACCUGCUCCAGCAGCCCGGCGGCCUCCUCCCGGCCCUGCUGCCCCUGCCCGACCCGCCCUGCCAGGGGGACCUCCCGGACGGGCCCCUGCAGCCCCUGCUCUUCCCGGCGCUGCCCGCCUCGCCCGCCGUCAUAGCUUUAAACUCGGCGCUGCUGGCUGCCGGCCUGGCUGCCCCCGACGCCCAGCCUGGCGUCGCCGGCUCCCCCAUGGCACCUACCUCGACCGGCACGACGCCCACGACUACUGAGGCCCCCGAGUCCCCUGGCGCCUUCGGCAGCGCCCCGGUGCCCCCCAGCUCCUCCGGGAGGCUCCACCCGCUGCUGCCCCCGCUGGUCAGCCCGCUGCUGAGUGCUGCGCUGCUGGGUGACCUGUCGGCGCUGAGCCCCCUGGGGGCUGCCGGGAGCCCCCUGCUCCAGAGCCAGCCGCACCUGCUGCCUCCUGCCCUGCCAGCGCCCCUGGGCUUCCAGCUCUUCCAGGGCCAGCCCCCCGUCCUGAGCCCCCUGGGCAGCUCCAGCCCCCUAGCCUGCCUCCUGCAGCUCAGCCCCGGGUUUGGUGCCCCCGAGAAGCCGGCGCCGGCACUGAGCGACGGUCCCUCCCCGAACCCGCCCAGCGUCCCGGAGCCCGAGCCGCCGGCCCCCUUCACCCCCUUCUGCACGGACGCUGUCCCCGCCGCCCUGCCAAGUGCCUUAGACUCCCCUGCAGUGCCCAGGGCCACGGACUGCCUGGCUACGGGCACCCUGGAGCUGGCUGGGCCGGGCCAGCAGGGAGCGCUGGCCUUUGCCACCCCCGUGGGCCAGCUGGACACAGGCGCCGCAGGACCUCCCUGCUCCAGGACCCCCCUGAAACGGGCCCGGCGCAGCGGNGAGGGGCUGAACGGCAAUGUCCCUCCCAGGGCAGCCCCCCGCAGAACCAAGAGCCCUCGCCGUGGGGCCAGGCGGGGCCGCGGGGCCUGGGGGAGCCGGCGGCACUUCAACGGGCAGGCGGGUGAGCCAGGCGAGAAGGCAGCACCCUCGGGGCACCCGCCCCACCUGGCCUGGAGGUGCAACGGUGAGAUCCUGGUGCCAGGCACGGCCGGCCCGCUGGCCCCCAGCAAAGCAGAGGAGAUAAAGGGGAACCCCGGGAGGCUGCGCCCGUCCCGCCGGGGCCGGAGGAGAAAGGUCAGCGCUCCCCGGCCUAGCACCCGCCUGGAGACGCCACGAGCGAGGGGCCCAACCGCCGAGCCAGGCUCCGUCCCCACCGAGGACGGUGCCCCUGGGGCGGCGCCCCCGGCCUGGCCGCCCCGCCAAGAACCGCCGCCGGAAGCUGGUGACGUAGCGUCGGCCCAGAGGUACCCAGGGGAGGUGAAGCCGAGCUGAGGCCCGGCCGGGGGCCCCCUGUGGACAGUGAGGGGCCCGGCGCAGGUGCCGUUGCUGGCAAUGGGCACUUACCGCUCCGCCCAGCAGGAGGCAGUGCCGGGCCGCGGCUGCCAAAGCACUUCUGAAGCCAUUCUGCAAUGCAGUGAAAUCCCAGGGAGCCGGGGCGGCGCCCCCUGCAGGCCGGGGCUGCUCCCAGCCGCUGCCGUUCUGCCCGCCCCCCCGUAUCAAGGCUGUGGGGGGGAGGGCUCCUCCCCUACCUCAGGCCUGCGGGUCUCAGCAGGGCCAGGAACGCCUCAGGGGUUAGCUUUCCGCAUGUCCCGCUCACCAAAAACCUCCCUGUGCCCCUCGCCGGGGGGCAGCCUCCCAGGCAACGGUACAAAGCAAUAAGCGUGGCAUGGGCAGAGCCUGGGGGCGCCUGGCCCGUGACGCUGGGGCACCGGGAGGGACCAGGCCCCCAGCCCCCUUUUCCCUUGUUUUUAACUCCUCCGAGAACACUCAGGUCCGGCGGCUGGCGGGGCCCGGCCGCGCCGCCCGCCCACCCACACUACGCGCUCCCAGGCUGCUGGUGGGAAUUAUGCAAAGCGGGGGCUGGGCCCUGCCCCCCCCCCCCCUCACCGACGGGGCCUUGCUUUUGUAGACGCUGGAACCGGCCCCUGGGGAGCCACUUAAUUUAACAGCUGGGGGCCGAGUGCCGCUGGCUCUUCCGCGGGGAUUUUGGGGUGUUUUGUAUCAAUUAUUAAAAUGUGUAUUUAAAA